GCCGACGCAGAUGACUGCGAGCGAGUAUUAAGGCUGCGUUUUGUUGUUCAUUGUUGAGAAAUUCAAUUUAUUUGUUAAGGAGAAUGUAACUGUACUCCAUCGUGAUAGCGAUAGCCGUAAACAGGAGUUACUCACGUUUACUCUGCUAAUAUUGUGUAUACUUCUGUAUUUUAUCGUCUUACGUUUGAAAGAAAUUUGGAACCAGUGUUUAUCAGAAUACAUUCACAAUGACAGACUCAGAGAAACUCUUCGCUUGCUCCACAUCGGGUUGCAAUAUGUUUUUAUUUACAGAGUUUUACAAACGAGGAUCAAUUAACAGUGCACAAAAAGAAACAUGACAUGAUGCUAAAUCUUAAUAAUAAUUCUAAGAGUGCUGGAUUCGUUGCAGAUCAAACUCCAACACCAACAAGGUUUUUGAAAAAUUGCGAGGAAGUGGGUUUAUUUCAAGAUCUGCAAAACGUAGUCAAUCCUUUCGAAGAGACAUUUCGAAGGGCUGUUGAGGCUGGAAAUACUGGCACGCUUAUAGUAUCAGAGGCUGGAAUAACAGAUGAUACACUGCAUACUCCUCAUAUUUUUCCCUAUAUAUCAGAUGUAUUGCCUGCAAAUAGUCAAAUUCUUUCCGAAGACAACGUCGAAGUCCCUCUUGCUGAAAAAGAUGAAGAGAAGGAAAGCGCUAUAAAGACUGAUGAAUGUAACAGUAUUAAAUUAAAUACAAAUGAGACGCAGGAACUGAUGAAAGAUUCGACUGUCACGUCUGCGAAAGGUGAUACUCUCCCAGCGGAUAUUAUUGCUUCAAAUACAAAUAUACCUAUAGCGCCUAAGCUUUCACCGACACAACCUACGUCUCACUUGUCUAUCAAUGGUGAAGAAGUGCAGUUGUUAUUGAAAACCGCGGAUGGUAAAUUAAUGCAAUUGUGUGCGACACCGGUAUCGGAGCCUUCUAACAUAUCGAACGUUAAUACUGAACAGCAAACCGUUAUUAUCAAAACUGAACCAGCUCUGCGGUGCGCAAUGAAACUGGAGCCCAAGAAAACCGUGAUCUCAAGAUUAUCAUUAGCAAAAAUGAAGCUGAAACAAUCCCUGUCUAAGAACGCGCAGAAUCAAAAGGCGAUUGAAAACUAUGCGAAAACGGACGUGACUGCCGCUUCGAAAAAGGAGGGAAUCAAGAAAACGAUCGAUCAGCUUAAGAAAAAAGACAUUCUUGAGCGCAAUCGUGCCAGUUCUAUGCGUGCAAGGGCCAAAAGAAAAGAGUGGAUUCAAGAACUCCAAAGAACAGUAACUAACGUAAACGAGGCGAACACGGCCUUGCAGAUGGAGGUGAAAACUUUACGCAAGGAAGUUGCAAGAUUGAAAGCUCUUUUGUUGGCUCAUAAAGAUUGUCCGGUCACAAAGGCGAUGCAAAAAGGAAUAAUUCUUGGACCCAAGCUAAUAUCAGUAGACAAUCCGGAGAUACUUACGAUGCCGAUAUGCAGUACCAAUGGCGUUCCUGUAAAACGGUCAGUCUCUUAUACAACGGAGAUCCCGAGUAUGUCGACGAAAAAAUCGAUCAUGUCAAUUACGAAAAAUCCGGUGAUACUUCCGAAGAUGGAUUGCGGCACCGCGAAUCUCGCGAUUCCGAAUGCGACGAUCAUAAAAACUCUACCGGCAUUGAAGAUCGUGGGUGUCAAUCAAUUUAUGCCGGAGAAGUCGGAGGGAACGAAACAGAUACUGAUCGUGCAAAAUCAACCGAGAAAAUUGUGCGAGGCUACAUCUAGACAGAUUAUUCAGAUAAAUCCGAAUUACGAGGUAGAGAACGCGGCAUCCAAGAGUACGGGAACAUAAUUAAUCGUCCUUAAAACUUUCGUACAUUUGUAAUUCAAAUGUCGAAGUUCUUGUGGUUAAGACGAUCAGCGAAUAGACGAAUGAAUCGAUUCUAUGAGCUAUGCAAUACGUUAUCGUGCAAUAGAGCAAGUUGUAUGACGUUAACGAAAAUAGUUACAAAAAAUCUACGCGUCUUCUAUUUUUAUCUUCCAUAAUAAACUCGAUAAUAUUUUUGUGUCAUAUUUUAAUGAUUCGACGAGCAAUUGUUUACCUUAAACCGCAUCGCAGACGCACUCUUAAUAUAGAGGAAUGUGGAAUAAUAC